UCAAGUCGAUCAAUCGUGCCUGCAACUCCGUUCCCGUACCAGAAAUUAAGCUGUUCAUGGCUGUGGAAGAAGAUGGCUUGGUUUUACCUCCUGGGUUCAGGUUUCAUCCCUCAGACGAGGAGAUAAUAACACACUAUCUCUCCCCAAAGGUUCUCAAUCAUGGCUUCAGAGCAAUAGCUAUGGGAGAGAUUGAUUUGAACAAGUGCGAGCCUUGGGAUCUUCCAAGCAAGGCAAAGAUGACGGGGGAGAAGGAGUGGUAUUUCUUCUAUCGAAAGGAUAGGAAGUAUCCAACAGGUAUGAGAACGAAUAGGGCUACAGAGUCUGGAUAUUGGAAGGCUACUGGAAAAGAUAAAGAGAUUUACAGAGGAAGAGUAGUUCUGGUUGGGAUGAAGAAGACGCUUGUAUUUUACACAGGGAGAGCUCCUAAAGGAGAGAAGACAAACUGGGUUAUGCAUGAGUACAGGCUCGACGGCAAAGCCUCUCUCUCCAAUUUCCCAAGGUCGGCAAAGGAUGAAUGGGUUGUCUGUAGGGUGCUCGACAAGAACACCGGACUGAAGAAAAGCCCAAUGCAUGGCGGUGGAAUGCUUAGGGUUAACUCAGUCACGGAUGAGCUCCUGGAUUCCCCAAAGCUUCCACCACUCAUGGAUACUGCCUUCAUCAACUCGGGUGCCAGCGAUCACAGCUUCGACUUCAAACCAGUAGCUAUGGCCGCGAGCACAACACCACUAAUGCCUUCCUACUUCUUCUCCUCCACAACCGGUGGCGGCGGAGGUGAAGAUGUGGAUGGCUCGCUUUAUCCGAGCAAGAAUCAGUACAUGAUGAAUGAUCCUUCUUCAAGCUCCAGCUACUUGCACCAGCUUCACGAUGCCCAUGAUCAGAAUCCAUACCUCUCCUCCAUGUUCGGAGAUUUGGUGCACUACCUAGACCAGGAUCCACAAGUUAUGAUUCAGUCGUCGCGGUCACCGGCGAUUCGGAGGCAUUGCAAGGUUGAGCAGUUCUCGAACCAGUCGAUGCUGAGCCAGGACACUGGUAUCAGCACCGACCGGAACACUGAAAUCUCUUCCGUCAUAUCAAAACAUGAUCUUUCGUAUGAUCAAGACUUGGAUGCGCCACCGGCCGCUGCGGCAGACGACGAGCUCGACUUGCAGAGCAUGUGGAGAUGCUGAAGAUUAUAUGGAGAUUGAAUUGAAUUAAUUAUCAAGAUCGAGUGCUUUAGUUGGCUUGACCAGUUAGUUUGGUUUUUUAUUUGUCAUUAAUGGAAAGGUCUAGGGCGGCUUCAUUAAUCAAUUUUUAAUUUAUAUUUAGAUGAUCUUAAUUAAUUUUACUGUAAAUUAUUAUAAAAUUUCUCUGAUUUGUGUUGCUGUAUACAGAUAUGUUUUACCACCAGAGACCAGCUAAUUAAUGUGUGUGAAGAGUGAUGUAUAAUUUUUCUUUUUGGCUUUUUUGGUUCAUACAGCUAUAGAAUUCAUGUGUUGUCGUGUAAUAUU